AUGAAGUGGACCUGGGUGUUUGUGGCAGUUUUGCUGUCAUUUGCGGGGCUCUCACUGGGCAAAGACAGCUUGGAUUUCCCCGAAUAUGACGGCAAGGACAGAGUCCACGACCUCCACCUCAAGAACUAUAAGUCUGUGAUGAAGAAGUAUGAUGUCAUGGUGGUGUACUACCAUGACCAUCCCGCAUCCAGCCGCGUCGCCCAGAAACAGUUUGAGAUAGAGGAGUUGGCCCUUGAGCUUGCAGCACAGGUCCUUGCAGAGUUUGAUGAUGAGGACAUCGGAGUCGGGCUCAUUGAUGCGAAGCUUGACAAGGCUUUAGCUAAAAAAUUGGGACUUGAAGAGUCCGACAGCAUCUUCGUCUUCACAGAGGACGAAGUCAUCGAGUACGAUGGAGAGCUUGCAGCUGACACUCUUGUGGAGUUCAUCUUUGAUCUCCUUGAAGAUCCCGUGGAAAUUAUUGACAACAGUAGGGAACUGAAAGGCUUUGAGAACAUCGAAGAGGAGAUCAAAUUGGUGGGCUACUUUAAGAGUCACAAGUCAGAACAUUUUGAGGCUUUUGCUGAUGCUGCCGAAGAGUUCCAUCCUCACAUGAAGUUCUAUGCAACAUUCAAUGCCAAGGUUGCCAAGGCUUUGGACCUCAAGCUUAAUGAGGUGGACUUCUAUGAACCCUUCAUGGAUGAUCCAGUUGUGAUCCCGGGAAAACCUUAUACUGAGGAAGAACUGGUGAAAUUCAUCGAAGAUAAUGACAGGCCAACUCUAAGGAAGCUGCAGCCCCACAACAUGUAUGAAAUUUGGGAUGACCAUGUUGAUGGCGAACACAUCAUUGCAUUUGCUGAGGAGUCUGAUCCAGAUGGCUUUGAGUUCUUGGAGAUCCUAAAGGAAGUAGCAGAGGACAACACAGAACACCCUCACCUCAGCAUUGUCUGGAUUGACCCUGAUGACUUUCCCCUGCUUGUACCUCACUGGGAGAAGAUUUUUGGAAUUGACCUGUCGUCUCCGCAGAUCGGUGUUGUGGAAGCUGAUGAUGCUGACAGUAUCUGGAUGGACCUGGACGACGAUGAUGACAUGCCAUCUGCGGAGGAACUGGAAGACUGGAUUGAGGAUGUUCUGUCAGGAGAAAUCGAUCCUGAUAAUGAUGAUGAUGAUGACGACGAUGAUGAUGACGAUGAUGAUGAUGAUGAUGACGACGAUGAUGACGACGACGACGAUGAUGACGACGAUGACGACGACGAUGAUGAUGAUGACGAUGAUGAUGACGAUGAUGAUGACGACGACGACGACGAUGAUGAUGACGAUGAUGAUGACGACGACGAUGAUGAUGAUUAG